GCGGCGGGGCCGGGGCAGCGGCGGCGGCGGGCGCGGGGCGGCGAGCGGCGAUGCGCCUGACGCAGGGCAUGUGCACCAUCGCCGAGUGCGCGCCCGGCGGGGAGGGCUGCCCCGCCGCCCGGCCCCGCCUCGUCAAGAUCGCCGUGGUGGGGGGCAGCGGCGUGGGCAAGACAGCGCUGGUGGUGCGGUUCCUCACCCGGCGGUUCAUCGGCGACUACGAGAGGAACGCAGGUAAUCUCUACAGCAGGCACAUCCAGAUAGAUGGAGAGAUGUUGGCCAUUCAAGUGCAAGAUACUCCAGGAGUUCAGAUCCAUGAACACAGUCUGGAUUGUAACGAGCAGCUGAACAGAUGCAUUCGCUGGGCAGAUGCCCUGGUGAUUGUUUUCUCCAUCACAGACUAUAAGAGCUACGAACUACUCGGUCACCUUUACCAUCAUGUUCGACAGUUGCAUCCAGGAAAUGCAGUCCCUGUUGUCAUUGUUGCAAAUAAAGCUGAUCUCUUGCAUAUCAAAGAGGUGGAGCCUCAGCAGGGACUUCAGCUGGCCAACAUGCUGGGCUGUACUUUCUAUGAAGUAUCUGUCAGUGAAAACUAUAACAAUGUCUUCAAUGCCUUCCAUCUCCUCUGUAAAGAAGUCAGUAAACAGCAAACAACCAGCACCCCCGAGAGAAGGAGAACCUCUCUCAUUCCACGGCCAAAAUCGCCUAACAUGCAGGAUCUGAAGAGAAGGUUUAAGCAAGCUUUGUCUGCCAAAGUGAGGACUGUCACUUCUGUCUGACAGCAGAGCCGCUGGUCUGCCCAGUGUUUAGCCUGAGACUGAAAGCUGGAGUGUUUAACACUGGCACAUCUAGAGUCUAAGGCAUUGUGAAAGGAAGAUGGUUCAGGUAGCCUUUUCCAGGGCUGUAGUCCUUAAGCAGUUCAUUAAAACAGGAACAGUGGCAGAUGGGAAAAGGAAAAAAAAAAAAAAACCAACAAAAAACAACACAAAACAAAACUCAAACCCUCUUGAAAUAGUUCUAGGAUGUGACUUGCAGAACAAAUAUUUUCAUUUGGAAAAGGAACUUUUCAGUAAAUGAAACAAGCUUUCAGUUUGCCUUUUCUCCAGUCAGACAGAUUUGGUCUUCGUUUGUGCAGAAACAACCUUUUAGCUGUAACUCAACUUGUACUUGAGCAAGGAAACCCUGAACUGCAGUUCACUGUUAAGAAAUAACCACUUGAGUCUUGCAAAGGACAGCAUGAUGCAUCUGUUUAAUUUUAUUGCACAGUAGAACUGUUUUAUUUCCCAUGUAUUUCAAAACAACUAAGCAAACAUGAAACUUCUGUAAAAGUAAGUGGACAGGACUGGGUAUUGAGACUGUAAACAAUGGUCCUUUAUUAUUUUUUUUUUACUAGCUAUGUUAUUGCUGACAACUUGACCAGAUUCUUUGUAUGCAAAACUAUUGUCUGCAGGGUGUAAACAUAUCUAAUUACAAGUAACUUGUGGGGUUUUUACUGUCUGAAAAAAAAAUUACUGUCCAGACUAAAUGAUCCAACAUGGAACUUGUGAGGAAUGAGUGUGGAGUUGGAGUGACAGUCCAUUAUAACUGCCAGUCUAAGACACUUGUCUCCCUCUUUCUCUCUCCCCCUUCUCUCCUGCGUGCAGUAGGCACAGAGGGAGGGUGGCUGUGGUUCAGCACGGUGUGAAGCAUGACUGGCUCCAGGCAGUGAAGCUGGUGGGUUGUUCUGAGCUGAGUCAGUCCCUAUUCAUCUUUAAAUACAUGGCAGAUUUUUAUAUGUAUAUAUAUAACUUUUCCUUCUACAUUGAGCCAAUGGAGUUCAAAGCCUAAGGGCCUUAUACACAUGCACUUUAAAAAGCCAGCUGUGCUUUUGUUUAAACUGUAAUUUAUUUAUUUUGUGUACAGUUACUCCUCCUAGGGAGUGGACUUUUCAUUCUUACUGCCUGGUUCAACAUUAAAUUUUUGAAUUGCA